ACUGAUUGUUGUGUUAACAGAGUUCUUUUGACUUUAUCGCUGUCUGUAAUGUAAAACAUUGUAACGUUAGUCUGACUAGAUGGGACGAUUUCUAAAUUGUCAAGUACAUUCCGACUAAUUUCAGUCAACGCAAGGGUGAAAAAUGUGUGCAGCUCGUGGGAAAAUGUAUGGAGCACCCGUGGAUUUAUCGUUCAAACAAAUAAACUCAAUGGCAGAAGCGCUUACAGAGGAGCCCAGACAAGGUUUGAGGACGUUGGAGCGCAAUGAGGAGCACAGGUUCUGCACUCGAUCUUUGAGGCUGAACAACAACAAAAUUAAAAACCUGACUGGUUUCAGUGACGCCAUAACCACAUUGCUAAGCGAGCCAUUUCAGUUAGCUUGGGUCGACUUGUCCUACAACCUCAUGUCUCGCAUAGAUCCCGUCUUGACUGAGCUGCCAGAACUGCGUGUCUUGUAUCUCCAUGGAAACAAAAUUUCCAAGCUUUCAGAGGUGGACAAGCUAGGAGUCUUGCCUUUUCUCCACACAUUAACACUACAUGGCAACGGUAUAGAAAAUGAGAAGUGUUACAGGGGUUACGUGAUCAAAAUGCUGCCUCAUCUGAAGUCCAUCGAUUUCUGUGCUGUAACCAAGGAGGAGACAGUUAUGGCAAAGAUUUGGCAUAGAACUACUGCCAGAAGCAAGCCUACUCGGAAAAAUCAACAGUGAGACCCAAAACUCAACAACUUUUCUCCAAGGAACAGACAGACAUGCAGAAGAAUGUAAAUAACUAAUAAGGGCUGUGGAAAAUGAAGGCAAUAUAAAUAUUACAGUGUUUUAUCAUGUUUGUUCAAUACAACGCAAUUUAAAUAAAUAAAGCCCGUGUCAUUUGAGAGAAAUAA